CGCUGAUGUCCGAUGCCACCGUAUACAAUGUAAAGAGAAUUGAUAUGACGUAAACUUCAGAUGACUGAUUUAAACUCCUUUAAUGUGGACACAAUGGAGGAUUUGCCUUCUUUUAAGAUGAUGACAAUAUCUUUAUGGGUCGUAAUGAUAGCCACGCACGCUUGUAAUGCAAGUAUUAGCAUUACCGAAGGAGGACCAUUAUUUUUCGAGAACAAAGAAAAACUGUCAAUUAUGUGUACAAACGAUGUGGACUCAAUCGUCCAGUUUACAAAAAGCGGGAGUCUCCUUACAUCGUGCGUACUAAGUAGCGGCUGCACUGUUAGUGACCAAACAUUUACCGUUUCAUUCAGUAACGAGUCAUCAAAAUGGCAGUACGUUUUGGAGACGGUCGGCAAUUUUACUACAGAUUUGUGUGGUUCAUAUGAAUGUGUCGAUGUGCUAAACGGGCAGAGUGAUACUGUCAAUGUGUCAUUAAAAGACUUUGAUAACAACUCCUACUUUCCUGAGGAGAAGGAGGAUGAGCUGUCGAUUUCAACUGCAUGCGUUUUUCCCGCGAGUCUAGACGAUUUGGAGAUAACUUGGUACACAUUUGACAACGGAUAUUUGAAACAGAUGUCUGAUGCAGAUUUGGAUGCGUUUAGCAGUGCACCCACAAACAUUACGUGUCCCAACAUAACAUGUAGUAUAUCGCAGGCACAGAGUUUUACGUUUGGACUAGGGAAAUUCAAUGGAAAUCAGUUAUCCAAAUCACUUGUUGAGGUGAAAAUCGUUCACCAAAUGUUUAAAGAUAAUCCGCUUAUCUGGAGGUCUUCAAACAAGUAUCCAGUAGUGUCGGCACAAUCAGCACCAGAUGACUCAGGAUUACCUUCUUGGCUAAUAGCUGUAAAUGUUGUUGUCGUUGUCUCUGUAGUUGUCGCUGUUGUACUCAUCACGAAAAUUGGCCGGUUUAAAAUAAUACAGAGUCAUCACAAGAAUACGUAUAAGAAAAAGGAGAAGAAAAUGAAGAAGGAAAGGGAAAGAAAAAUGAAGGAGGAAAAAGAGACGAAAAUGGGACUUGUCUUUGAACUACCAUUGUUUUCCUCAUUUGACGGCAAAGAGAAGAGAUCUAUUGCUGAUUCGAUGGUUUUGAAACGUAUUCAAUAUAAUGGAAAUGGAACGAAGACUGUUUACAUGCAGUACAAGCUCUAUGUGAUAGUCGGUGGUAUGCUACAUGUGUCGGAGCGAGAAAAACACUUCGGAUGUAGUUGUGGUUUCGUGAAUCCCUUUGAAUUCACCAUGAUACCUACCUUGGACACAGAUAUAGUGAACGAGGAUUCACAUGAAUCGAGUGAAAAGGCAAAACUCAAGAUUACUAUUCAAAAGGUUCCUUUGAAUACCAAAGUCGAGGCUACAAAGUAUGUCGAGCUGCUUGUUAUGGGAUCCGACAACUACACGAACAUUUUAAAUGAAAAUACGAAGUGGCAGUCUAUUUUGAAUAGUGAGGUCCCGCCUAGGACUUUGAAAGCGAAAACCAAGUUACCAAUCGCAAAUUAGAGAAGAGGGGCCAUCAGAAAGCAUACCACCAGACGAUAAAACUAAGUUGAUUAUAAUUGAGGUUAAGCCCACGCCGACCUUGAAAAAGGAAAAGAGACCCCUAAAAGCUGUGACUGGGCCAAGUGUAGAUCAAAGGAGACCUAACAGGGCAAGCAUACCAUGCAGAAACUUGAGUAGGCACUGGUAUCGAAAAUGGAUGUGACAGUAUUUGGUUUUCUAUGCGAUAAAAAAUAUAUUUAGUAUAUGUCAUGUCAACAAACGUUAUUUUGACAGCACAUACGUAAUUCGGACCAAAAUCCUAAUAAGUAAACAAACCUGAAAUUUAAACAUUUUAUAUCAAACUAUGGACUUUAUCUGAAUUUUAGCUGUUGUUUUGUUUCUUUAGCAGGUUGCCCGAAUUACUUAGCGUUCCAUGAUUUGCACAUUUAACUAGAAAAGAGGGUGAGGCAUGUUUAAAUGCAGUCUUCCGACUAGAUGUAUAGGAGCGGACGCCGGAUCAGACGUUUGAGAGGAUGUACCCGAUACACACGCAUCUUUUUCUACCCGUUUCUUAUGUUAUUAUAUGUUCUUAUAUAUUGAUGUAGGUUUUGAAAAUGUUGGCUAUUUUAACAACCAAGUAGUGCAUAAUAUUGUUGUUUUAUAUAUCCAUUAGUUCACUUGUUAUAGAUGAACAAAAGCCAGUAAGGAAGGAAGCAUGAUUCUUAAUAUAAGUGAUGUAGAUACAAAACAUUAUAACAAAUGUUUAUGCCAAUUGAUACUUUGGCAUGGCGACAGGUACAGUACAAAGGUGAACUAGCUGUAUUGUGUGGUUGGUACUUGUGCUUGUACUUGUCAACGAAAGCAAUAUGCUAUUGUCAUAUUGUGCGAAAACAAACCUUAAAUUGCAAGCACUGUGUGGCUUUUAAUUUUUAUUUUUUUAAUAAUGUUUUCUUUCUUUGCUUACAGUUUUAGUACAGUAAUGCUUUUCAAUAUGCCAUUCUAUGAUCACAUUUCUUUAAACUUUUUAUUUGCUCAGGCAAACUGUGUGGGAUAGUUAUAGUUCCAAACAAUAACUAGAUCAUAUCUUUGAAAAGUUUUUGCAAUAAGUACUCUGAAUUGUAUUUUUUCGUCUGCAGAUUAAGUCGGGAUCUCUAAUCAUAGAUAUACUUGGGGUUUACCUUUUAGUUCAUUAUUAGUUGUUGUUUUUAUUAACUUUCCUCAAGUUUAUGCAUACUUUGAUACAAUUUACAAUUUACGUUUUUACUUUAUUCGGGAUUGUUGGGAUCAGAGUGAUUACAUUUUACUGACUGUUCCAAAGCGGUACCUAACAUUCCUUGAUAAACACCCCUAGAUAUUUAUAAAGUAUAUAUGCACUGUGUUGUUUGUAGACAAUUGUUGCAGGUUUCUGAUUUGUGAUUGUUUGUUUUAUGUGUUCUAUGUCUUUCGCGUUUACCCUGUGCCAUGAAACGGAGUUUAUGUUUCAACGUUCGACUACUGUGCUUGUUUCUGUUAUUUUUCAUACAAAUCUUUUAAUUUUGAAUAACUCGCACGGGUUAAAAUGGACAUAUGUGCAUUGUUUCAUUGUUUAUAUAGACAUGUCAUCAUUAUAGUUUUAAACUUAUUGGAAACCCCUAUUGGAAUGCAUGUGUUCGUGUUUGUUUAAUAGAAUGUUAAAGCUGAUUUCUGAUUUAUAAUAAUUUCAUUAUUAGCAAUCAGGUAUAGAGUUUAUUUAAAGCAUCAUGGCUCAUAAAAUUGUUAAUUGUUUUUAAGAACAUGUACAUUUUUAUUCAGUGGUAAAUCAUUAAUGUAAUUAUGAAUAUACUCGAUAAAAAUACCACUUUGAUUGAUAACAAUGAAUAAUUUGUUUUUCGUUUAAUCAAAGCCUUUAUUUUAUAGUAAUGUUAUUGCACGAUUAUAACCACCAAGAUGGUAAUGAGGACAUGUGACGAUUCGUCCUGUUUGGAUGUCUAAAGUUCUGUCCGUCUGGAUGUCACGAAUGUUGUCCGUAGCCCUUAUUCUAUGAUAAUCCAAUUGCACACUGACAGGUGCAUUUAAGAUAUGCUUUGAGUUAUUCAUAUUAAUUUUCGCAUAAAUAUGCUACAUUGACUAAUUGACGGGCAGACAUUGUUUUGCUAUGGUAAUUUUUCACGUUAAUUUGUUAUCAUUAUUCUUUUUUCUAACUAUGUCAUAAUUUGGAUUGAGGUGGACAGUCUUAGUGUUAGUAAAAUGUUCAUAAAAUUGUAUUGCGAUUCAAACGUACAUUGUAAUACUGUAAUAAACCUGUCAUA